GCUCCAUAUAAGCUGCGCACGCGCCACUCGCUCAUGAUUAUAAAGUGAGCGACUGUCAGCAGCACAUCCAGCUAACAUUCAGCUUCUAGAAGAUAACAGCAAUGGAUAUUCACAUACAGCCGGCCGAGGGACAACUGUCCUCUUCUCCUCCAGACAAGCCUAAACUGAUGCAAGGUGGCAACUAUAUACGCGAAGGUCACGACUCUACCAAGUCAACAUGGUUGCUGUUUACUCCGGAGACUCCGGACUCCGCCGGCGACCUGGCGCGGUUCCUAAACAUCUUCUCGAGUCACGGUGUCAACCUGAGUCAUAUCGAGUCACGCUCAUCGGCGAGGAGGCCCGGCUACGAGUUCAUGGUCGAGUGCCUGCAUGGCUCCGGGGACUUCGGUGCUGCACUACAAGAUCUCAAGAAAAAUGUUGGAUACUUGAACAUCAUUUCUAGAAAUUAUAAAGAUAACAGAUAUUUGCUUACAGCUGCUGUGCCAUGGUUCCCGCGGCGUAUUCGCGAUUUGGACAGAUUCGCCAACCAGAUCCUCUCUUAUGGGGCUGAACUGGACUCUGACCACCCAGGUUUCACCGACCCCGAGUACAGAGCACGACGAAAGUAUUUUGCUGACAUCGCUUACAACUAUAAACACGGGCAGCCUCUGCCACACGUGGAUUACACCAAGGAAGAGGUCGCCACCUGGGGCGUGGUGUUCAGGAAACUAACCGAGUUGUAUCCGACACACGCCUGUAAAGAGCACAACCACGUUUUCCCACUUUUGAUUGAAAAUUGUGGGUACAGGGAAGAUAACAUUCCGCAGUUGGAAGACGUCUCUAAUUUUCUGAAAGAUUGCACAGGUUUCACGUUGCGGCCAGUGGCGGGGCUUCUAUCCUCUCGAGACUUCCUAGCGGGGUUGGCGUUCCGCGUGUUCCACAGCACGCAGUACAUCCGCCACCACUCGCGGCCGCUGUACACGCCGGAGCCCGACGUCUGCCACGAGCUGCUGGGCCACGCGCCGCUCUUCGCAGACCCAGCCUUCGCGCAGUUCUCACAAGAAAUAGGCCUCGCCUCACUCGGUGCUCCUGAUGACUACAUUGAGAAACUUGCUACAUGCUUCUGGUUCACAGUAGAAUUCGGUUUAUGCCGACAAGAGGGCAAACUGAAGGCUUUCGGUGCCGGUCUGCUGUCGUCAUUCGGCGAACUUCAGUACUGUUUGUCGGACAAACCUGAACUUCUUGAGUUCCUGCCAGAAGUAACCGGAGUCCAGAAGUAUCCCAUCACAGAGUAUCAACCUAUAUACUUCGUUGCAAACAGCUUUGAGGAUGCCAAAGAAAAAAUGAUAAAAUUUGCCCAAACGAUACCGCGCGACUUCGCCGUACGGUACAACCCUUACACGCAGAGCAUUGAUAUCCUCGACUCAGCCAAGCAGAUGAAAGACUUACUUCGAGAUCUUCACCAGGAAAUGGAGUUCCUCCUCAAUACCAUGGACAAGAUGUAGAUACUCAUUAAAAACUAUGUAUAUCAUACUGUCGCUUCAAAAGUACCCAUGAAAGUACGUAUGUAAUUGGAAUUGAAAAAAAAAAUGCAAUUUAAGUAAUUUAUUUAUUAUUAUGACGUAACAAUUAAAUUUUGCAAUUGAAGUAUUCCGCGAAUCGUAAGAAAAAUGUAUGCCCAUUAACUUUAUAGCUGUAAGUACUCGGUAGAAAAAGUUUCGAUAAGUCUGUAAUAUAGAUGUUAAGUUGAUAUGUUAAGACACUUACCAAAUAUUAUUAAGUUUUAGCAUGUAAUUUGUACUUAUCUAUUGUUAAGUUUAAGAAUAUAUACUGGAAUUAGCUUUAAAUAUGUGUCAACUAUUAUUAUUAAACUCGAGUGAAUUAAGACAUAAA